AGAUGCUGCUGCUGCUGUUGAAUGUUAAAUGCAAAGCACUUGUCUCUGAUAGGCUAGGGAGAAGUGGUUACUCUGCCUAUAUAAACUGACAACAGCAUCCUCUGUGCUUUAUAAGUGUCACAGGGGAGCAAAGAAAGAGGAAGAAAGAGAAAGAGGGAGUGGAGAAGAAGGAAUCUCACCAAUUGGCUCUUAUGAGACAAUGCUUGCUGUGAUAUUAUAAAGACCCAAUUACCGACCCGAAAGAUUCUACCUCUUUUGAAGACCUCAGCCAAUUACGAGCUACCAGCUACUUAUAUCUAAGUUUUCUGAUAUUGAUGCUUCCGACGCCAGUUAGCAUGGAUACCACAGAGUUCCGAAAGAGGGGGAAAGAGAUGGUGGACUACAUUGCGGAUUACUUUGAGCAGUUAGAUAAGAGGCAGGUCUAUCCUGAUGUGGAACCGGGAUACCUGAGACCCCUCAUUCCAGACUCUGCACCUCAGGAACCUGAGAGCUUUGAGGAUGUCCUUAAAGAUGUUGAAAGGAUAAUUAUGCCAGGGGUGACCCACUGGCACAGUCCAUACUUUUUUGCCUACUUUCCUACAGCCAGUUCCUUCCCAGCUCUUCUUGCUGAUAUAUUGUCUGGUGGCAUAGGAUGCAUUGGCUUCUCCUGGGCUGCAAGUCCUGCUUGCACAGAGCUGGAGACAGUCAUGCUGGAUUGGCUGGGAAAGAUGAUUAAUUUGCCUGAAGAGUUUUUAGCUGGGAAGGACGGAGAAGGUGGAGGAGUCAUUCAGGGCAGUGCCAGCGAGGCUACUUUGGUUACAUUGCUUGCUGCCAGAACAAAAACAAUCAGACGUGUCCAAUCAGAAAACCCAGAAUUAACAGAGGCAGACAUCAUGAGCAAGUUGGUGGCCUAUGCAUCUGAUCAGGCCCACUCAUCAGUGGAAAGGGCAGGAUUAAUUGGUGGAGUGAAGAUUAAAAAUAUCCCUUCAGAUGAUAAAUUCACUGUUCGCGGAUCAGCCCUAAAGAAAGUUUUGCAUGAAGACAGAGCUGCUGGUCUUAUCCCAUUCUUUUUUUGUGCAACACUCGGAACCACACCUUGUUGCUCCUUUGACAGACUGUUAGAACUGGGUCCUAUUUGCAAUAAGGAGAAUAUCUGGAUGCAUAUUGAUGCAGCAUAUGCAGGGAGUGCUUUCAUCUGCCCUGAAUUCCGACAUCUUCUAAAUGGCGUGGAGUUUGCAGAUUCAUUUAACUUUAACCCUCACAAAUGGCUCCUAGUGAAUUUUGACUGCUCUGCUAUGUGGUAA